AUGGGCAAGGAAAAAUCUAAAAAACGUAGAAGAUCAAGUUCAAGUAGUUCUAGCUCAAGUAGCUCUGAUUCGUCGCGCGAAAAAAAGAAACUGCGCAAGUUAAAGAAAAAACUUAAGAAGGAACAAAAGAAGACUGAAAAAGCGUUGAAAAAGAAAUUGAAAGAAGAGAAGAGAAAGUUGAAGAAGCAGCACAGGAGUAAAAGUAGGAGCAGGACUCGUGAUGACAGUAAUGUGAAGGGAGACAAUGCUUCAACCGACAUUCCUUUAGAACUUAUGGAAAAGUCAAAAGCCAUGGCACCAAUGACCAAAGAAGAGUGGGAGAAGAGGCAGAGUAUUGUUAGAAAAGUACUGGAUGAAGAAUCUGGAAGAUACAGGUUAAUUAAAGGUGAUGGAGAAGUGUUAGAGGAGAUUGUGUCCAGAGACAGACACAAGCAAAUUAAUAGAGCAGCCACGCAAGCAGACGGAUCAUUCUUUCAAUCUCAAACUGUAGAGAAAAAACACUUUUAG